AACUUAACAAGUAACAACAGCUCCAAUAUGCCACGAUUAUGUAAUACUUUUGUCAUAUUUGUUUCUUCUCUUAGUUAAAGUUAAAGAUAGUUCUUAUUUCUUAAAAUAGAAAACAUUAAAAUAAAAUAAAAUGAUUUCUCUACCACUCACUACACCGAUUUUACCCAGCCGGUGUCUCCUCCACCAAACCCGCCGGCCAAAUUCGACUCGCCGCCGCUUCUGGAUUCGAUCAUCAUCGAGCUUACAUGAACAUGUCACCGCAAAGACGACGAAGCGAGUGGUUCUUGUGAGACAUGGACAGAGCACAUGGAACGAAGAAGGGAGGAUUCAAGGAAGCUCCGAUUUCUCCGUUUUGACGAAAAAAGGCGAGUCUCAGGCCGAAAUUUCUCGCCAGAUGCUCAUCGAUGACUCCUUCGAUGUCUGCUUCACCAGUCCGUUGAAGAGAUCAAAGAAAACAGCUGAAAUCAUUUGGGGAAGUCGAGAGAGUGAGAUGAUUUUCAACUACGAGCUUAGAGAAAUCGAUCUCUACUCGUUUCAAGGUCUGCUUAAGAAAGAAGGGAAAGAAAAGUUUGGGGAAGCUUUUAAGCAAUGGCAAGAAGAUCCGGCGAACUUCAUCAUCGAUGGUCAUUAUCCCGUGAGAGAGUUAUGGUCACGUGCUAGAAGCUGUUGGCCCGGUAUUCUUGCACAUGAGAGCAAGUCUGUUCUUGUUGUUGCUCAUAAUGCUGUUAAUCAGGCUCUUGUGGCAACGGCAAUUGGACUGGGAACAGAAUAUUUUAGGAGUUUGUUGCAGAGCAAUUGCGGUGUAAGUGUACUGGACUUCACACCAACAACUGAUGGUGGAUCUCCUCACGUAUGUCUUAAUCGACUAAAUCAGACACCUAAUUCGCCUCUAGCUGGUGGAAGUUCUGGUGGCCGUAAAGCUAGUAAGCAGGUCAUACUUGUCUGCCAUGGUCAGGGGAAUAAUGAGGAUUCUGCAGUUAUUAACCAAGCAGCCACUAAUGAUCAAUCAAUGAACAUGCUUGGUGUGAUACAGUCACAGAAAACCGCAGAGCUUCUUCUUGAUCUAAGGGUUAGUUCUAUAGUUUCCAGCCCUAAAGCAGCCUCCAUUGAGACUGCUGGAGUAAUAUCCCGGGUGCAAAAAGCUGCUGGUUGUUUAGGUGUAGAUAGUGUGCCUCGCCACGUGGAAACGAAACAAAUGAAUGAGCUCGAUGUUGAGGGUGUUCUUCGCAAAUCUAAUCAGGACAACGAUGUGAUUGCAUCGAGCCAACCUGGUUGGCUAAGUCAGUUAGACGAAGAAGCGGUUUCAGCUCUAUGGAACAGAUCCGGAAAAGCAUGGGAAUCACUCUUAGACAAACUAUCGGAUGAGGAGUCAAACCCAGGAGAAAUCAUGGUGGUGGUUGGUCCUCCAAUGACUCACAUAUCGCUCAUCGCACAAUGCCUUAACCUCACUAAAGAAGGGCUUGGGCUGUUCCACCUAGACGCAGGUAGCAUCAGUGUCAUAGAUUUCCCGGAUGGUCCUAGCAGAAGUGGAGUAAUCCGUUGCACAAACUACACCGCUCAUCUUGGAAGAUGGUGCAUCCCGAUCACAAGAGCCGCCUGAAGAAUCUUGUCUUAAACCCGAUAAAAUUACAGCAAUGUU